AUGCCACUUCGAGCAGACCUUGUCAUUUUGCCAAGGACGGAUGUGCAGUUCAUUUUGGCAAUGAGCAAACCUGGGCAAGCUUACACUGAGCCAUACCCAGAUCAAGAAUCGGUCCACAUGUACUCCCUGCACAAAAUCAUGUGCCAUGCCAGAUGCAAUAUAUACACUGGACCACGUAACCGCCAAUUCGCUCUGGAUAGCAUCUUUGGGGUGGCUGGGGGUCACACGCGCCUUGUAGAAUGA